AUGGCCUCCGGAUCAGCGCCCGCAACGCCCUUGCUCUACUCCUGUAUCGCGUACAAAUCCACCAUCCUCGCCGAGCACACGACCAGCGCCAUCAGCGGCACCAGUAAUUUGAGUUCCAUCAUACUCCCGAAGAUCUCACACGACUCGGCGCAGAAGCUCUCUUACACUCACAAGGACAACUUCAUCCACUACAUUGCCGAUGCCGCACCCAGCUCUGCUUCGGCAGACUCUCUCUCCGCGGCAGGCCUCACCUAUCUCGUAGUUGCCAAAGCAGAUCUAGGCCGACGCGUGCCGUUUGGCUACUUGGUCGAGAUCAAGAAGCGAUUCCUCGCGACUUACAACCCGGAGAGCACGGACUUUAGUUCUCUCCCAGCUUAUGGCGCUGCUGCCUUCAAUGCGCCAAUGCGACAGCUGAUGGUCGAGUACGGAACCACCAAAGCAGGACAGGACGAUGCUUUCAAGAACGUGCAGAGUGAGAUUGACAAUGUCCGAGGAAUCAUGACUGAGAAYAUUGAGCGUGUAUUAGAAAGGGGAGAGAGGAUUGACUUGCUGGUGGACAAGACGGAUCGACUGGGUGGAAGUGCGAGGGAUUUCCGGGUCAAGAGUCGUGGAUUGAGGAGGAAGAUGUGGUGGAAGAAUGUACGCAUGAUGGCACUUUUGACAGUUGUGGUCAUCUUCCUGCUGUAUCUCUUCAUUGGUUUCGGGUGCGGCCUGCCAGCGUGGAGACGUUGCGUCGGAUGA